GCUGAACAGUCUGUCGGAGGCAAGUAAAACUAAAACCAAGCACAAAGAUGUCUGGACGCUCGGUUCGCGCUGAGACACGAAGCCGCGCUAAAGAUGACAUGAAGAAGGUGAUGGCGGCCAUUGAAAGGGUCAGAAGAUGGUAAGUACAACACUGUUUAUUUGUGUGAAAGAUCAUAAAAGAUUGCGGAUACAGAAAGUUCAGCGACACGGAGGCGUGGUUUGAGACAGAAUGACAGCGAAAGACCGAGAGCACAGCCAAUGAGAAGCACUGUGAAGCUUUCUCCCUCGAGACAAGUGGCUUUUCAACAAGAGGCGACCCAAAAGUAGACUUGCGCAAAGCUCGUGGAAAGCUCGUUAGCUAGCUUGCUAAUACGCUUAUAAUUGGUGAAUGGACAGACAGGCUAGCAAGCGAACUAUGCAGUGUCAUGUAGUAAUCAAUAAGAUACUAGCCAACCAUAGCCAGUGAGGUGUAUCCUCGCUUAUUUGUAGCAGCUUCCACUAAUAUCAUCGCACUCAUUGGUAUAAUUCCACUCUAUGGAAAGGAUAUGUAAACGGUUAAUGCUAUCCGGGAUCCUUGGGACCGUCCAUACCCUAACCUUUACCAUUUUACAUUUCAACUUCAAUGGGUGCACUUGACCCUUGAACUAUCUGACUGUAAAGGAGAGCACUCAUUGUUUUCUACAGGGAGAAGAAAUGGGUAACUGUCGGAGACACAUCUUUGAGGAUAUUCAAAUGGGUGCCAGUGGUGGAUACAAAAGAAGUAAGUUAUUUUCUUAUUUAAUAACCUAAAUAGCAAUGUCAGUUUGUAAUGCUUUGUCUUCUUGUAGGAGAAGAGUAAGGCGGUCCCGGUUGGAGCAGUCAGGGAGCUGAAUAGCUUCUCCACAGAUCCAGCCUCAGAAAACACACAUUCAAGUCUUCUCGAUUUUCAUGGUGAGAAUGGAGAACCGUUUUCAGUGACAUACAGUGCAUUCGGAAAGUAUUCCAUCCCCUUCACUUUUUCCACAUUUUGUUAUGUUACAGCUUUAUUCUAAAAUGAAUAAAAUUAUUUCCCCACCCAUCAAUCUACACACAAUACCCACAAUGACAAAGUCGAAAACAGGUUUUUAGAAAUGUUAGCAAAUUUCUUAAAAUAAAAACAGAUACCUUAUUUACAUAAAUAUUCAGACCCUUUGCUAUGAGACUCGAAAUUGAGCUCAGGUGCGUCCUGUUUCCAUUGAUCGUCCUUGAUGUUUCUACAACUUCAUUGGAGUCCACCUGUGGUAAAUUCAAUUGAUUGGACAUGAUUUGGAAAGGCACACACCAGUCUAUAUAAGGUCCCACAGUUGACAGUCCAUGUCAGAGUAAAAACCAAGCCAUGAGGUUGAAGGACAAAAAAUGUCUGCAGCAUUGAAGGGCCCCAAGAACACAGUGGCCUCCAUCAUUCUUAAAUGGAAGAAGUUUGGAACCACCAAGACUCUUCCUAGAGCUGGCUGCCCAGCCAAACUGAGCAAUCGGGGGAGAAGGGCCUUGGUCAGGGAGGUGAACCAAGAACCCGAUGGUCACUGACAGAGCUCCAGAGUUCCUCUGUGGAGAUGGGAAAACCUUCCAAAAGGACAACCAUCUCUGCAGCACUUCACCAAUCAGGCCUUUAUGGUAGAGUGGCCAGAUGGAAGCCACUCCUCAGUAAAAGGCACAUGACCGCCCACUUGGAGUUUGCCAAAAGGCACCUAAAGGACUCUCAGACCAUGAGAAACAAGAUUCUCUGGUCUGAUGAAACCAAGAUUGAACUCUUUGGCCUGAAUGCCAAGUGUCACGUCUGUAGGAAACCUGGCACCAUCCCUACAGUGAAGCAUGGUGGUGGCAGCAUCAUGCUGUGGGGAUGUUUUUCAGUGGCAGGGACUUAGAGACUAGUCAGGAUCGAGCGAAAGGUGAACAGAGCGAUCCUUGAUGAUAACCUGCUCCAGAGCACUCAGGACCUCAGACUGGGGGGAAGGUUCACCUUCCAACAGGACAACGACCCUAAGCACACAGCCAAGACAACGCAGGAGUGGCUUCGGGACAAGUCUCUGAAUGUCCUUGAGUGGCCCAGCCAGAGCCCGGACUUGAACCUGAUCAAACAUCUCUGGAGAGACCUGAAAAUACCUGUGCAGCGACACUCCCAUCCAACCUGACAGAGCUUGAGAGGAUCUGCAGAGAGGAAUGGGAGAAACUCGCCUAAUACAGGUGUGCCAAGCUUGUAGCGUCAUACCCAAGAAGACUCAUGGCUGUAAUCGCUGCCGAAGGAGUAAAGGGUCUGAAUACUUAUGUAAAUGUGAUAUGAGUUUUUAAUAAAUGUGCAAACAUUUCUAAUCACCUGUUUUUGCUUUGUCAUUAUGGGGUAUUGUGUGUAGCUUGAUGAGGGGAAAAAAACUAAUUUUAAUCAAUUUUAGAAUAAGGCUGUAAUGUAACAAAAUAUGGAAAAAGUAAAGGGGUCUGAAUACUUUCCAAAUGCACUGUAUGACCUCACCAUAUGCUGUUCUAGAGCUCUCUCCAUUUCCUCCUAUUCCUGUACUCUCUUCCUCCCCAGAUGAGAACAGUAACCAGAGCUCCCUGUCUGAUGCGUACCAGCCCAAAGUGGACAGCAGCAGUAACUCCAGCCCCCAGCCGAGUGAACCUCUGAGCCCCAAGAACCUGUGUGACUUCCGCACAGAUGACUCACAGCCCCCGACUCUGGGCCAGGAGAUCAUGGAGGGUGAGACAGACAGACAGAAGGACAGACAGAUGUACACACACUUACCUCUACAUGGAAACGUUAACUGAAGAUCUUUUUCAAUUAUUUUGAUGUCAACUAAUAAGGUCACAUGUAUCUUCUGAUUCUUAGAGGUGUUAAGUAAAUGUCUAUUUAUUAGACUUUUUUUUGUUUUCAGAGCCGUCAUUGCCAAGUGAACUGGCUGACGAACCUCCAUUACUGAUUAAAGAGGACCUGUUGCCACUCACUACUCAGGUAAAACGCAUCGAACAUCUCAAGGAUCAUUCCACUUCGACACCACAGCUUUGUUACUCAACCUAUUUAUACUGAACAAAAUUAUAAGUUCAACAUGCAACAAUUACAAAGAUUUUCAGAAAAUCAGUCAAUUGAAAUUAAUUCACUCGGCCCUAAUCUAUGAAUUUCACAUGACUAGGAAUACAGAUAUCUGUUGGUCACAGAUACCUUAAAAAAAAAAAGAGGGGGGCAUUGAUCAGAAAACCAGUGAGUAUCUGGGGUGACCACCAUUUGCCUCAUGCAGCACAACACAUCUCCUUCGUGUUGAGUUGAUCAGGUUGCUGAUUGUGACCUGUGGAAUGCUGUCCCACUCCUCUUCAAUGGCUGUGUGAAGUUGCUAGAUAUUGGUGGGAAAUGGAACACGUCGAUCCAGAGCAUCCCAAACAUGCUCAAUGGGUGACAUGUCUGGUGAGUAUACAGGCCAUCGAAGAACUGGGACAUUUUCAGCUUCCAGGAAUUGUGUACAGAUCCUUACGACAUGGGGCCGUGCGUUAUCAUGCUGAAACUUGAGGUGAUGGCUGCGGAUGAAUGGCACGACAAUGGGCCUCAGGAUCGCGUCACAAUAUCUCUGUGCAUUCAAAUUGCCAUUGAUAAAAUGCAAUUGUGUUUGUUGUCCGUAGCUUAUGCCUGCUCAUACCAUAACCCCACCACCACCAUGCAGCACUCUGUUCACAACAUUGACAUCAGCAAACCGCUCGCUCACACGACGCCAUACACGCUGUCUGCCAAGAAGAGCACACUUCUCCACCGUGCCAGUGGCCAUCAAAGGUGAGCAUUUGCUCACUGAAGUCGGUUACGACUCCGAACUGCAGUCAGGUCAAGACCCUGGUGAGGAUGAUGAGCACGCAGAUGCUCUUCCCUGAGACGGUUUCUGACAGUUUGUGCAGAAAUUCUUUGGUUGUGCAAACACAGUUUCAUCAGCUGUCCGGGUGGCUGGUCUCAGACCAUCACACAGGUGAAGAAGACUGAUGUGGAGGUCCUGGGCUGGCGUGGUUACAUUUGGUCUGCGGUUGUGAGGCCAGUUGGACGUACUGCCAAAUUCUCUAAAAUGACGUUGGAGGCGGCUUAUGGUAGAGAAAUGAACAUGAAAUUAUCUGGCAACAGCUCUGGUGGACAUUCCUGCAGGCAGCAUGCCAAUUGCACAAUCUAUCAGAACUUGAGACAUCUGUGGCAUUGUGUUGUGACAAAACUGCACAUUUUAGAGGGGCCUUUUAAAGUGCACCUGUGUAAUGAUCAUGCUGUUUAAUUAGCUUCUUGAUAUGCCACACUUGUCAGGUGGAUGGAUUAUCUCGGCAAAGGAGAAAUGCUCACUAACAGGGAUGUAAACAAAUUUGUGCACAAUAUUUGAGAAGAACAAGCUUUUUGUGCUUUUUUUUCAGCUCAUGGGACUAACAUUUACAUGUUGCAUUUUUAUAUUUUUGUUCAAUAUACUUUCAAGACAACACAUCAGACUCAGUUUGUCCAACAAUCUACUCAGAACAUUAUACAUUAAACUGAUAAAACAUGGAUUCAAACAAACCUAGCUGUAUUUCCCCACACAGGAGGAAGAGGAGUGUUCUGGAGCUCCGCCACUGAAGAGGGUGUGUUCUGAGCAGAACUCCAUCCUGCAGAGCUCCUCCAUGAUGAGCUAACACUUAGCAUCAGGGUCAGACCCAUUUCACUUCAGGCACUUUGUUGAAUCUUGUUUUUUGAUUUGGAAAAAUUGUCUUAUCAUUUUCAAUGAAGGACAUUUCUGGUUCACAAAUUGAACAAAACAUAAAAAAAAAAAAUGGAACUCAACUAAUUUGCUGAUUUAAAAAUAAAAUGAUUUGAGCCCUGCUUAGCUUUUAGUCAGCGAGUUGCACGACCGCAAGUCUAUCCUCCGAUGACUGCAAUAGACACAUUUUAAGGGCCAGACAUA